GCCAAACAGAGGAGGGACAAAGAGCAGGAGAGGGAGAGCGAGUCAUAAAUGCAAUAAUUACAGCUUAGGUAGAAAUAAGCAAAGCACUCUGCUCCCACUGGCUGCCAGCGUAGCUAACAACAGGACAGAAUGAAGAGGACCUAAGCAACAUUGACCUUUUUGUUUUGUUGGUUACACUACCAUUCAUCGCUCCUGUUUUGGAUUUAUUUGUAUUUUUUAAAUGAACAUAAUCACUGAAGCCAGUCAUUUCUCAGGAUGGAUUUUCUUCUGGAUUCUGGCUGAGUAGGAUGGAUUACUUUCAGACAGUUUGCUCCAAGUCUUACUGAAUUUUCUUAGCACACUUGAAAUCGAGAUCUCUGAUACAUCCAGCAUGUCUGUGGCUGCUCUGUUUCGGGGCAAGUGGGGGACAAAAUCCCAGGAAAGCCCUGACAAGCAUCCCACCCCUGUGGUGCUCCAUGAGGAGGACUAUGAUGACGACGAUGAUGAAUCCAGGGUGGGCCUGAGCAGAGAACCUAUUCGCAGAAACUCUCGCUUUUACCGUUCAAUGAGGAGGAAGAGAAUGGCUGCCUCUGAAAACUCAGAAAGUUCUUCCAGAUCUGGAGUGAACAACACCACAUCACCAAACUCUUAUUCUAAUACUCCAUCACCCCAUAAAUCACCGGAACUAUCUGCGGCUGGUCGAUCUGUGUUGCCAAGCAAUGGAGAGGCCAGCAGCAGAUAUUAUUCUUUGUAUAAGGAUGCUGUGAAUAAGGAAAGGGGAAGUGUGGGAGGAGGGAGUGUGGACAUAUCUGCUACCUCCUACCACCACAACAGUGCUUUAACAUCCGACUCAAUCUCAUACCGGACUCACACCAUUCUUAGUGGGGACAUUAAAAAGCUGUCUGAGCAAACGACUGCAGCCUGCACCGUACGCGACAUUGGAAGUACCAUGAGUUCGGGAGUGCCGAGCCCCGAGGGAACAGACCGGGACAACUAUAACCACAGGCUGCUGAACAAUGGAGCUUACUCUAACCCAAUGAUCCUCAACAUUUUUAAAAACAUCGGCUUCUUGUAUCAGGAAUACCGAGAUACAUCCAAAAUGCAGGAGAUUGAGCAAAGGCGCCAGCGUGAGCAUCGAACUCCUUCCACCAUGUUGGCAAAGUCCAAUGUCUCUCCUGCACCAGUGUUACAGCUGCAGCUGAGGAACGAUGCCCGUGCGCUAAGCUUGUGGCAGAACCUGGAAGUGGUGCAGGCCAGUGGACUACUCAACCAGUUGCCACAAAAAGAAGUUAUAAUGCAAGAGGCCAUGUUUGAGCUCAUUACUUCGGAGGCAUCGUACUACAAAAGUUUGGAGAUUCUCGAAACUCACUUCCUACGUAACCCUUCUUUAAUAAACAACCUCAGCCAAUCUGAUAUGCACUUUCUUUUCUCCAACAUCGAAGAAGUCAUGAAAGCCAGUGAACGGUUCCUAAUGGAUCUCGAACACCGAAUCGAGAAGUCCAUUUUGAUUUCGGAUGUGUGUGACAUUGUUUAUAGCCAUGCUGUUCAGCAUUUCAGUGUCUUCACCAAGUAUGUCAUUAACCAGGUGUACCAGGAGAAGAACUACAGGCGAAUUUUAGAGGGGAACCAGGCAUUCCGAGAGACGAUGGCAGUAUUGGAGAAAUAUUCAUGUGUCAGAGGGCUGUCCUUUACAUCGUUCCUCAUUCUUCCGUUCCAGAGGAUCACAAGACUCAAAUUACUCGUUCAAAAUAUCCUGAAAAAUUCAGAAGAAAACUCUGAGAGGGAAGCAAGUGCCAUUAAAGCUCACCAGCAACUGGAGAAGAUUGUGAAAGAUUGUAACGAGGGUGUCCGCAAAAUGAGUCGCACAGAGGAGCUUAUCAGCAUUGAAAAGACAUUGGAGUUUAAAUCCAAGUCUGUGCCCAUCAUCUCCCACUCCCGGUGGCUGCUCAAGAAGGGUGAGGUGCAGCUCAUGGCGGGACCCAAGAGCACCAGGACAUUGCGAAGCCGUAAGCUUUACCAGCCCGUCUUCUUGUUCCUGUUCAACAACCUGCUGCUGGUCACCAAGCGCAGCUCGAGUGGGGACAAGUUUCAGGUUCUUGACUCCUGCACACGGGCUAUGCUGAGGACUGAAGAUCAGGAUGACCAAGGCCAGAUGCUGGCCUAUGUCUUUAAUCUUAAAUUGAUGGAGAACCAAGAGGACCGUGCCGUCAACUACAUGCUCAAGACCGCAAGCAUGAGUGAUAAGCUUCGAUGGAUGAGUGCGCUGACUCCCAACCCACGCACUCGUUUUAUGUCGACCAGUGCACACCAAUCAGACUCUUUGCAGGUGCAGUGUAUUCAGUCCUACUCCUCUCAGGAGUCAGAUGAACUCUCUAUUGAGAUGGCCGACGUUUUGAAUCUCUUGGAGAGGACAGAUGAUGGCUGGAUGAUGGGGGAAAGGCUCCACGAUGGCGAAAGAGGAUGGUUCCCAAGUCGACUUGUGGAGGAGAUCCAGAGUCCGGAAGUUCGAGCUCAGAAUUUGAGAGAGGCAUUCAAGGUUCAUCAUGCUCAAGAGGCUGGUGGAGCCUUGCAAAGUAGAACAAAGAUUGGCUUAAGAGCAGGAAGACCCAUGCCGAAAGUCUCCAACCUCUUCAGUUUAUGGAAUGAUCCCAUGGGAAGGAAGUAAAGCAGAGCACUUGAAGAAGAUGCAUGUGCAGAAGCAUUGAGUCCUAGAGAUCUUGAAUUAUGGGCAGAUGACUUUCAAGCUUCACUUUCUUGCUGUCAGUAGCCCCUUUUUUACAGAUUGCGCACAAAUGAUGCAUCAGAGCUAUAACAGAAGAGCUGGCACGAUCCACCAUUGCUUUUUUUUAUGUAGAAACCAAUAAAUGUGCACUCGUGCUACUGGCUGUGUAGGAAAAUCCAUACAUUUUCAAAAAAUUCCCAAUGGCAACCUUGCCCCUGUCAUUACGUUUUUAGUAAAAUGGCCAGUAGAAAACUAGCAGAAAAACAUUAGGAAAUGCCUAACGAUAUGCUUUAGUAUGUUGUGUUGUAUUACUAUUACUAUUGCUCUCACAUGCACAGACUCAUAACAACAUAGUUCCACAACAAUUGAAGUUGUAUUAUGUAGCGAAUAAAUGGUGAAUAAAGUUUAAGUGUGUGAAAUUGACAUUUGGUGUAAAAAGCAUAACUGAUGCUUAUGCAUUCUAUUCUGGUGAGUGGCUUGUAGAGGGCUGAAGCCACCCCCUGGUGGCACCCCUGGUUGUUUCCAAGAUAGGACGUUUGUGAGAGUAAAGGAGAGAGUGUCAGUAUUAUUAGGCUGGCUCUCUAGAUGCCGAACACUGUGUUCAUUUGGGUUGGCUUGAGUGGCUGUGGGGUGGCUUGCAGAGGGCUGAAGCCACCCAGUGGUGGCGCCCCUGGUUGUUUCCAAGAGAGGACGUUUGUGAGAGUAAAGGAGAGAGUGUCAGUAUUAUUAGGCUGCCUCUCUAGAUGCCGAACACUGUGUUCAUUUGGGUUGGCUGCAUCACUUAUUGUGCGGUGGACUUCUGUUAUGGCUCUGAUACUACCUCCAAAUGUAGAAAAUUGCCAAGAUGAUUUUGUCCACCCUCAUUCUAUCUCGAUGCAAUCUUUUACAGGCAACGUAAAAGGGUCUAAGUGAUCACAAACUCAUCAAAAUGACUCAAGUGAUGCAUGGCUUAUAAAUGUGCAAUGAAGGGUGUUGUUGCCCUUAAUGUGGUGUGUAAUAAAUGAAGGAUCUAUAUUUGAUAAAUAACUUGUUUGAGGGGGAAAGUUUUGUUGUAGUUAAUUUAUUGUGAAGUUACUGUAAAUGUCCCUCAGAUGCGUGGGCGGGGUUUAACCAUUUGAUUGUGUUCCUUCAUUUCAUCAUAAAAAUGCAUAGCAAAUGUUAUGAAAAGCAUCAAUGAUUACCCAAAUGUCUGUCUGCAUGACUAUUGAAAAGAGUAAGUCAGCAAAAUGUAUUUUGGAUUUACGACUCACUGACCACAGCUUGGUUAGUCUUCCCAAAAUGUCUCUCUGGGAUGAAAAUUUACCAAAAUCCUAGACCUAAAACAUUCCUAUGCACACAAAUACACAGAUGGUAAAUUCUGGUUUUAUUACAUUUAGGUUGUAAAUGUGUAUAGAUGUAGUGUGGAACAGCAUGAUUGUAAAACCUGUAUGUUUCUAUCUGUGUACAUAAAUGAAGACAUUCAAAUGAAAA